CCACGUCUUCUGUGUCUGCCCUCCUGUAGACGACCGCAACCAUGCGGGAUGCUCACAUCUACAACUUCAAAAGAGGCCUUCCCCGUAUGAGCUGGCACCCACACAACUUGUACAACCUAUGGCGGCGGUCCUAUGGUCCUCUAGAAAAGAUUACGAACCGUGUCGAGUACAAGGAGUCGCUAAACUGGCGACGAUGGACAGCCAAAGCCCUUCUUCGUGCGUACCACGGCGACUUCAUCAAUGAGAAGAUCUUCAAGCGGUGGUAUCUCCCCGAAACUUUGCCCGAUGUGCGCCCGACUGAGGCAUUAAAGAAGGUCGAGCCCGUUUUGGAGGUUAAUAGGUGGGCGAACAAGCAGGAAGCAGCGCAGAAGAUGGAGAAGCGGGCAGAAGAGGAGAGGCAGAAGGGACUGGCGCCAGUUGGGAGCUUGAUGUUCACGGAGGUCGAGCGGAGGAUAGACGUGGUCAUCUUCCGAGCAUGCUUCGCGCAUAGCGUAUAUGAGGCGCGGCGGCUUGUCAUCCAUGGGGAUGUCCUGCUGAACGGCAAGAAGCACACGAACCCGAAUACGCGUCUCGCUCCUGGGGACAUGGUCUCUGUCGACCCCAAGGCCAUUCGCUUCCUGCAAGACCGUCCAGACCCAGUCGAAGAGGAUGCAGACACAGCCGAGGAGGCCGCAGACGCCGCUGGUGAAGCCUCGGAAUCAAAGUCAGAGUCCAAGACGGUUCCCUCGACUUCGCGGUUCUCCAAGAAACAUAGCACGUCGUCAUCGUCCAACACUGGGUUGACUCCCUUCAACUUGCCACCCUACGCAUCGCCCUUCCUCUUCAUUCCUGCCUACCUCGAACCCUCGUUCGCGACGUGUUCUGUUAUCUAUCUCCGACACCCUACAGCUCGCCCUGGGUACUCGGAAGUCCCGACGCCGUGGGACGCUGAUGGGGAGGUUGUCCGAUUGACGUGGGAGUGGUACUCAAAACGCCGUAUGCGCAUACGGAGCAAGAGCCAGCUGGCGCGGAUGCCUGACAAUAGGCAAUAGGGGCAUAGAUGUUGAUUCCCUCCGUACCGGUUACGAUAAUACAUGGCUAAUGUGCUGCUGCAUUCCCUUCUCCAUGUAGCAAGUUGUGUUCGCUUGUGUUGCAAUGUUCUGCGUGUGAUAGCGAUGCC